UUGUUCGGGGCAGUGCAUACAGACACUCGCAUACAGUGCGUCAGAAAGGUGAGGGAUCUGAAAGCGCCCGACAAGCCUGGAGAUUAAACGAGAGAGAGAGGGACGAACUUCUACACCUUGAUUCUGCUGGAAAAUCUCCUUGAAAUGCAGUUUUGACUGAGGCACCGUUUCCACACCGAAGCUUUAAUGGGGAGUUGUGUAAGCCAUUACAGCGGCCAGGUGAAGAAGGAGGGGGGGCUGAAGGAGACAGUCCGUGCUCCUUUUGAAAACAUACAACAGCCCUCGUGGGAGGAGUCUGCCAGUAGAUCUGGCAACCAGCGAUCAGUCAUUAACAAAAACCUGGCAGUGUCCAAUGAGGUAGCCAUCCAGUCCCUGUGCCCUGCAUCCAACGCUAGCAGCCCCACCUACACCAACCUAGGACUUUUCAGGGUCAACAUGACCCCAGAGAAGAAGCCCCGAAACAACAAUCCUUCAGAGAGGAUCUUAGGUCCUGUUGACCCAAUGAGUUCAGACAGCAGCUCCAGUUUUGCACCACCUCUUCUGCCCAAGAAGACCCCAGUUGUCACCAUGAUAGGUCUUGCAGAGAAGGAUCAAGGUUCACUGAAACUGCCCAGUACUACAAGCCGGCAAGGUGAAGCCAACCUGAGUGUCGUAAACCCCCUGUACUCCACCUGGGACGCGAACAGCCAUGACUCCUUUGAGUCACAGCCUCUGGAGCAGGAAUUCCAGUAUACCUCGGAGCUGUCAAACCUAGUGAAGGGGCGGCCAGCAAACAGCCUAUCCUGCCUGAUUUCCUCUGCCAUCCCCUCCUUUGAGGGGAACAGGAGGGGUGCCCGCAGCACAGAGUCCCUGCUGACCUCGGGUCGGCGAGCAGUGAGGGAGCCUGUAGCCAGGCCCCAGACGCAGCCACUUUUCAAGGGCAUGGAGAACUGGGAGGAGAUGAGCUCCCGGAUCCGCCGGCUGCACAGGGACAUGCUGCGUAAACUGGCCGGCAGAUGUGAGGAGCGCUUUAUGGGCAGACCCAGUGAGCGCCUGCACUUUGCCAUGGACAGCUGGACUGACUUCAGGCUCACUGGCAGCAAGCCUUGCUGCGAGUCCGCAGAUGCAUUCUACUACACCGCCACCUGCGCCAAGGAGCCGCAAGUCACCUACGCAAUCAAGGUGUGCAGGAGCAGAGGGAAAGACGGCCAGCGGCAGCACCUCCACAGCGUGGCCAUCAGGCAGGGCAUGGCGCCGCACUUCAACAUCCAGCAGGACUGCGGUCACCUCCUGGCCAAUCUGCCCCCUCGCCUGCUACCUGGGCAGGAGGAAGAGGGCAAGGAUGGAGGUUGGAACGGGCACACCCAGGGACAGCCUCAGGACAGCAGGAUGGUGGGCAGCCUCCACAGCAGAAUGGUGAUCAUCACCCCUGAGGUCCCCUUCCAAACGGCAGCAGACUUUGUGCGGGAGGGGGUGGGACGACACGGGCAGAACCCGGAGCUGUAUGAGCGUCAGGUGUGCUUGCUGCUGCUCCAGAUGUGCCAAGGCCUGGAGCAUGCUAAGAUGCAUCAGGUCACCCACUGCAACCUGAAGCUGGAGAACCUGCUGCUGGUUACGUGUCAGCCCCGGGGCCGGGAUGGUGUGGGGCAGGGCGGCGGAGACGAAGAACCAGCCUCCGCCUCCACCUGCCCCGCCCAACUCCUCAUUAGCAACUUCACUCAGGCCAAGGUGAUGAACCAGCUGGCGGAGCCCGACAUGAUGGGGGACAGGUCCCGCUUUGCCCCAGAGAUCCUCGCAGGCACCCAGUACAGGAAAUGCGACGAGUUUCAGGCAGGGAUCCUGAUCUACGAGAUGCUCCACCUACCCAAUCCCUUCGAGAAGGUCCCCGAGCUCAAGGAGAUGGAGUACAGCCCUGCUGACCUGCCCCCGCUCCCCGCCCGCUCUCUCUACUCAAAAGGCCUACAGCCGCUAGCCUUCAUGCUCCUCCGCGCCAAUCCCUCGCAGCGCAUGGAGAUAGCAGAGGCCCGGGCGUACCUCCAGUGCCUGCUUUGGGGCCCUCGGGAGGAUCUCUUCCAGGCGCUGGCCGCCAACCCGGACCCAGCCAGCAGGGAGGCCAUCAUGCAGAGCUGGCUGGACCUAAAACAGACACUAAUGAUGAUCAAGUUCGCAGAGCGCUCCCUGGACACUGCUGGCGGGGUGAGCUUGGAGGACUGGCUCUGCUGUCAGUACCUAGCCUUUUCUACCACAGACUCGCUGAAUCAUGUGGUCAGGGCGGUCCAAAAUGCACAGCAGCAGCAGAAAAAGCACCUGUGAGCUCAUUACUUGCAUCUCUUUUUAGAUAUAGUCCUCAUCACUUGUGCAGUACCGGCUGAACACAUCAAAGAUUCAUGUUGCUGCGGUUGAGAGUCUCCUUCCACCCCUUAGAUGUUCAGCUGCGCUCUGAUUUUGCACGCUCCUUUUUUGCUUCCUGAUUCAGCUUUUGAUGUCAGUCUUUUAAAAGGUCAUUUCUAUAGUGUCUGUAAUAGACGAGGCCUCGUAUAAAUGGUGUUAGAUAAUUUAACGCUAGGAACUGUUUAGCCUAUUUUUUUGCAAAAUAUGUUUGUGGUAACGUGGAGGUGUGGACCUGCAUGAAAUCCAUGAUAGAACUUAUUGAUAUCAGUGAUUUCAAUAUAUUUACAUCUGGCAGUGUUGUGAGAACAGUGACUGAUGCUGUGUGAUUUCCAAAGAAGCUUCACUCCUACAUAAUCCUCAGUGUUUUGAGUAUAUUUUUUGGCAGGUUGACUUUGAUACUGUAUGUGGGAAAAUUACCAAAUGACCAGUUGAAUAAACAAGCUUGAGUAUUUUGAAUGGCA